AUGCUGGAUUCAGAGCUCAGCAGGACUUGGGACCGGUGCUUGGCGGAUGCAGUUGUCAAGAUAGGUACUGGUUUUGGUUUAGGACUCGUUUUCUCACUUACCUUCUUUAAAAGAAGAAUAUGGCCAGUAGCCUUUGGUUCUGGCAUGGGAUGGGGAAUGGCCUACCCCAACUGUCAGUGUGGUUUCCAGGCUCCUUAUCUUCUACAUGGAAAGUAUGUCAAGGAGCAGGAGCAGUGA